CUCUCCUUAUAAUGAACUGGUUUCGAAGACACUGCUUUUUCGUUCUACUUUCGGUGUAUUUUUGUCUCCUUAUAAUGAAUUUCUAUAUAGUGAAGUUUUCUAUAUAAUGAACAAAUUUUACAGCUGGAAAUUCAAGCGUCCUAAGUUUUUGUCUCCAUAUAGUGAAUUUUUUCAAAAGGUUUCUGUUGCAAAAAAUUACAGUUAGAUGUGGAAAUUAAAACAGAAAGAGCUGAGCUAUUACAGUUUUAUUCAGUGAUUGAAGUUAAAAUGAUGCAUCGAAGCAGCAUUUCGCUUGAAAAAAAGUUAUUAAUGAUUAACAAAGUUAAUGAAGGAAAGAAAAAAAAAAGAUAUUGCCAAUGAAUUCGGAGUUCUUCCCAGCACUUUAUCAAAUAUUUUAAAAAAUAAGGAAGUGAUUUUAAAAAAUGCGGAGGAUUUGGCAGUAAAUACCAAACGCAAAAGACUUCGACCUUGUCAUUUUGAGGAUAUUGACGAAGCAAUGCUGAAAUGGUUACUCGUUGCGGAAGCACUAGGACACCACGAAUUUGAGGCAAGUACAGGUUGGUUAGACAAGUUCAAAAGUCGGCAUGGCGUUAUUCAAAAGACAUUAUGUGGGGAAAGUGCUGACACCCACAUAGAAAACCGUGAUGAAUGGGUGACGAACGUCUUACCGAAAUUAAUUGAAAAUUACAACAUUAACGACAUUUUUAAUGCCGACGAGACUGCUUUGUUUUUCAAAUGCUUGCCAACUAAAACACUGGCAUUCAAAAAUGAAAAAUGCUUUGGUGGGAAGCAAAGCAAGGAGAGAAUAACUGUCCUGGUGGGAAGCAAUAUGACUGGAUCAGAAAAGCUAAAAUUGCUGGUAAUCGGAAAGGCCAAAAAUCCGAGGUACUUCAAGGGAAUAAAAUCUUUAGGUGUCGAUUAUGAGUUUAACAAAAAAGCAUGGAUGACCAGUGAGAUUUUUACGAAAUGGAUUGUAAAACUCGACAAAAAAUUUUGUGAUCAAAACAGAAAGGUGUUGUUUUUUGUUGAUAACUGCACUGCCCACCCUAAAGAUGUAAGAGACAAGUUGAGAAACAUUCAUCUCGCUUAUUUUCCUCCCAACAUGACUUCGUUACUGCAACCAAUGGACCAAGGCAUUAUCUACAACAUGAAACAACAUUACAGAAAACGAAUUUUAACGAAUAUAUUGACUCAAGUGGAUGAGGGAAAUUCUGUUAUGGUCAUAGACUUGCUGCAAGCAGUUCGAAAUCUUAGCAAUAUAUGGAAUGUCUAUGUUAAACCAGAAACAGUUGCCAACUGUUUUAAAAAGGCUGGAUUUUCAAAAGAUGUUAUGCAGAUUCCAUUUGAGCAUUGGGAUGAAGAGGACCUUCUUUUAAUAUCGGAUUAGGCCGCUUUACAGUCUUCAUUUAAAAAAGUAGCAAAUAUCGAAGCAUCGUUUGAUGACUACGUAAAUGUUGAUAAUGGUGUGCAGGCUUGGGACAAACCAUCCGAAGAAGAUAUUCUCAACAGCAUUUUUGAAAGUCGCGGAGUUCCAGCUGAACCUGAUAACGAUGAACACGAUUUGACCGUUGAAGAAUUGGCAGAAACUGAGGAGGCAUUACCUACGUUGAUACAAGCUGCUUCAUCCAUUAGCGUAAUUAGAGCCUUUGUGGAAAUGAGGAGUGACGUGCCGAUUAAUGUUUUCAACUCUCUACAUGAUUUGGAAGCUUUUAUUGAAAAUGAAAAAUGGAAGACUGUAAUUCAAACCAAACUCACUGAUUAUUUUAAAUAAAAUUACAUAAAAAAUCAAUGUUUCUUUAUAAUGAAGUUUCUAUAUAGUGAAGUGAUUUUCAGGUCCCGUGCGAAUUCACUAUAUGGAAG